AUGACUUACUGCUUCUGUACCGCAUUGGGCACAUCUCACUUCUCCCAGACGCACUUGAUGCUCUUCCACAUACUAUCGCAGCUCAAUGUCAUAACCACCGGCAACGACGUGUCGUCGGCAAAUCCCGACUUGUCCUUUCAGGACAUCACCUUCUUGACGUUUGAGGCCAUCAUCGAGGUGGUCAUCAUCUGCUUCGCUGGUUUUGUAGCCGCCAAGUCGGGCCUUCUCAACACAAACGGCCAGAAAGUCAUUUCGCAGUUGAACGUCGAUCUCUUCACGCCAUGUUUAGUAUUCAUCAAAUUGGCGCCAUCGCUUUCGUUCCAGAAGAUGGCCGACAUCAUCAUCAUCCCUAUCUUCUAUGCCGUAUCCACUGGGAUCGCCUUCCUCUGCUCGCGUGUGGUAAGUUCAUUCAUGCAGCUCAAUGACCCAGAGUCUGACUUCGUGACUGCCAUGGCCGUGUUUGGUAACUCCAACUCUUUGCCAGUGUCGUUGACGAUGUCGCUAGCAUACACGUUACCCGACCUACUCUGGGAAGACAUUGACGACGACUCGUCUGACGGCGUUGCCUCCAGAGGUAUUCUCUACUUGUUGAUCUUCCAGCAGCUUGGUCAGAUCUUGAGGUGGUCAUGGGGAUUCAACAAGUUGUUGAGGAAAAGGUCCCAUCAGGAACUAAACACAUACUACACCAAGAACGGUGUCAUCCAGCAUUAUCAUGAGGAAGAAUUGGGCCCCGACGAAACCAGUAGCUUGAUAUCUGCAGGUGACCGUCUGUCUUCUACAGGUUCGCUCUACAUAAACGAAGACUCAGUGCAUGCCGAAGCUCCCUCUGCAGCCGAAGCUGCCAUGGCUGCAUUGGCAUCUGCUAAGGCUCCAGAGUACUCCAAGAGGUCGAAAAUCGGUCACUGGUGGUACAGCUUCGUAACUUCGACUCCUGUAGCUUCUUUUCUUUCAUUCAUGAACCCCCCACUUUAUGCAAUGAUGAUUUCAGUGUUGGUAGCUUCGGUGCCUUUUUUGCAAAAUUUGUUCUUUAACAACAAGGACUCGUUCGUACGUAAUACUAUCACCAACUCUAUCAGUCAGUUGGGUUCUGUUUCCAUCCCUUUGAUCUUGAUCGUCUUGGGAUCCAACUUGUACCCAUCGCAGGAUAUUCCACCUCCUUCGAAGCAUUACAAGCGUAUUGUCUUUGGCUCGUUGUUAUCGAGAAUGAUCUUGCCCUCUUUCAUCUUGUUGCCUGUGAUUACAUUGUGUGUCAAGUUUGUCAAAAUCUCUAUUUUGGACGAUCCCAUCUUUUUGAUCGUAGCCUUCAUCUUGACGAUUUCUCCGCCUGCCAUCCAGUUGUCGCAGAUCUCGCAAUUGAACGGUAUCUACCAGAAGGAAAUGGCCGGGGUCUUGUUCUGGGGUUAUGUCGUGUUGACUUUGCCAACCACCAUCUUCAUCGUCGUCACCAGCUUGGAAGUGUUAAAAUGGGCAGCUUAA